AGGCCAGUGUUGGCAGACACGGACAGGAAGAAAACAAUCGUUUUAGCUGUCCAGUGGAUUAAAAACUAAAAUCUUCUUUUAGUUGUUAAAAUGGACCGUUUUUCAUGGUCAAACGGUCUUUUGGAGAUUAACGAGACAUUAGUGAUCCAACAGAGAGGUGUCAGAUUAUAUGACGGCGAUGAUAAGGCCAAAAUGGAUGCUGGAGUGGCCUUGUUGAGUACCCAUCGAUUAAUCUGGAGGGACAUUAAAAAUCAUGAAUGUUGCAUAGCAAUGCCUCUCUCACAAAUCAUCUUCUUUGAGGAGCAGGCUGCAGGAAUAGGAAAGAGUGCAAAAAUAGUUAUUCACCUUCACCCAUCACCUGCCAACAAGGAGCCUGGUCCUUAUCAGCAGAGCAAGUACUCCUACAUCAAGCUGUCUUUCAAAGAACACGGGCAGAUUGAGUUUUACAGGAGAUUAACAGAGGAGAUGACUCAGAAGAGAUGGGAGAAUACACCAGUGUCACAACCCAUCCCCACAGGAACCAGCUCUCAGGCAGGAAGGACACGUGCGGUGGGGAUUGUUGGCAUUGAAAGGAAGAUUGAGGAGAAGAGGAAAGAAACAGAUAAAAACAUUACUGAGGCUUUUGAGGACCUCAGCAAGCUGAUGGUUAAGGCCAAAGAGAUGGUGGAGUUGUCCAGAUCUAUAGCAAACAAGAUUAAAGACAAGCAGGGUGACAUAACAGAGGAUGAGACAAUCCGGUUUAAGUCCUAUCUACUGAGCAUGGGCAUUGCUAAUCCUGUUACCAGGGAAACACAUGGAUCAGGCACCCAUUAUCAUUUGCAGCUCGCUAAGCAACUGGGCGAUAUGCUACAAGCUCCUCUAGAGGAGCGUGGGGGUAUGAUGGCGCUCACCGAGGUGUACUGUCUAGUUAACCGAGCUAGAGGAAUGGAGCUGUUAUCUCCAGAAGAUUUGGUGAACGCAUGUAAGAUGUUUGAAACUCUGAAGCUCCCCUUGAGGCUGCGCGUGUUUGACAGUGGCGUCAUGGUGGUCCAGCUGCAGUCUCACAGCGAAGAGGAAAUGAUAGCAUCAGCACUGGACAAUGUAUCAGAGAAAGGUUCAUUGACAGCAGAGGAGCUUGCAAAGCUUUUGGGGCUCUCUGUUCUCCUGUCUAAAGAGCGGUUACUGCUGGCUGAGAAGAUGGGUCAUCUGUGUCGAGACGACUCUGUCGAGGGUCUAAGAUUCUACCCAAACCUCUUCUGAUCCAUUCAGUUAUCACAGAUAACUAAAGACAAUGGAUCAACAGACUACUACAACAAUUUUAUGACUGCUGUGCACUGUUGCACAGCAGUUUGGGAUUGUUGUACUUGUUACAUAGAGGAAAGAUUCACAUGCCUUGUAUGAUAUCCGCUGUGGCUGGAAGUGUGGAAAACAUGCCCUUCUAUUUGUGGGAAAACCCACUUUAUGUACUGCCAGCUGUUUUAUAUGUAGAUCUGAUUAUUCAAUUCUGCAAAGCUGGUUCAGCACACAAGAAUACUGUGUGUGCCUGUGCCUUGCAGUUGGAUAAAGCUUUGGUGCAACUGCUGUUGUCAACAGUCACUAUUGUAAAAAUUAUUCCAUUUUGACUCUCGCUUACACCUACAGUCAAAUGAGAGUAUAAUUAUUGCAUUUGCAACCACUAUUGUAGCAAAUGUUUUUUACGAUAGUGGUUAAUGAUGCAGAUGGAAAUUUCUUAAAAUUUUGAUUGGGAGUCUUAC